CUCCCAGGUACUGUCUCGCCAGGGUUAUUUACUGUAACUUGCAGUCACCGGGCAAGGUCCAAGUGGACAGAUUUUUCUACCCUCAACUUGUCAAGACCUCCCAAACUCUCUGGCACCCAGAGAACAACGUGUCCAGAGCUCAACCUGGAAGAGCACAGCCAUGAUGGUCUGGGGUCUGGUGCUGGGAGCUCUGAUGGUGGCCACUGUGGGGUACCUGUGCCUGCAGGAGCUGCUCCGGCAACAGAGACCCAAGGAGCCCCCUCUGGAUAAGGGCUCCGUGCCCUGGCUGGGCCAUGCUAUAGCUUUCCGGAAGAAUAUGUUUGAAUUUCUGAAGCACAUGCGGGCUAAACACGGGGACAUAUUCACGGUGCCGCUAGGGGGCCAGUACUUCACCUUUGUCAUGGACCCUCUCUCCUUUGGCCCCAUCCUCAAGGAUACGCAGAGAAGACUAGACUUUGUGGAGUAUGCGGAAAACCUGGUGCUAAAAGUAUUUGGAUACCGCUCCGUGCAGGGAGACUACCACAUGAUACACUCAGCCAGCACCAAGCACCUCAUGGGGGAUGGCUUGGAGGAGCUCAACAAAGCCAUGCUGGACAGCCUGUCCUUGGUUAUGCUGGGGCCCACGGGCCCCAGUCUGGAUGCCAGUAGCUGGCGUGAGGAUGGCCUCUUUCACUUCUGCUACAACAUCUUGUUCAAGGCCGGCUACCUGAGCUUGUUCGGCUACACAAAGGACAAGGAACAGGACCUGCUACAGGCAGAGGAAUUAUUCGUGCAGUUCCGCAAGUUCGACCGCCUGUUCCCCAGGUUUGUCUACUCCCUACUGGGACCCCGGGAGUGGCUGGAAGUGGGCCGGCUCCAGCGUCUCUUCCAUAAGACGCUCUCUGUGGAACACAACAUGGAGAAGUACGGCAUAAGCAACUGGAUCACCUAUAUGCUUCAGUUUCUGAGGGAGCAGGGAGUCGCCCCAGCCAUGCAGGACAAGUUCAACUUCAUGAUGCUCUGGGCCUCCCAGGGUAACACAGGGCCUACCUCUUUCUGGGCCCUCCUGUUCCUCCUGAAGCAUCCAGAAGCCAUGCGGGCUGUGAGGGAGGAGGCCACCCAGGUCCUGGGAGAGGCCAGGCUGGAGGCCAAGCAGUCCUUCAACUUUAAUGUCGGUGCCCUGCACCGCAUGCCGGUGCUGGACAGUGUGAUGGAGGAGACACUGCGGCUGAGGGCCGCGCCGACCCUCCUCAGGGUGGUGAACAGUGACCACAGCCUGAAGAUGGCCAGUGGGCAGGAGUACCUGCUCCGCAACGGAGACAUCCUGGCCCUCUUCCCUUAUCUCUCAGUGCACAUGGACCCCGACAUCCACUCAGAGCCCACCACCUUCAAGUACGAUCGCUUCCUCACCCCCAGCGGCAGCCGAAAAGUAGACUUCUACAAGGCAGGCAAGAAGAUCCACCACUACACCAUGCCAUGGGGCUCGGGUGUCUCCAUCUGCCCUGGGAGGUUCUUGGCCCUCAACGAGAUGAAGCUCUUUGUCCUGCUCAUGGUCACACACUUUGACCUGGAGCUGGUGGACCCUGACACACCUGUGCCACCCGUGGACCCCCAGCGCUGGGGCUUUGGCACCACACAGCCCAGCCACGAGGUGCGAUUCCGCUACCGCCUGCGCCUGUGGAGUGAGCUCUGCCCAGGUGGCCGCAAGCCUGGCUAGGGGGUUCCCUUGGGGUCUCCAGCUCCGCUCAGCCCUCUGAAGCCCCAGACCAGCCCUUCCUCUGACCUGCUUGCCCUCUCUGCUCUUUGGCCUCCUUCUAGGCACCUCACAGUCUUCUUCUUCUCUCUUUAAAACACUGUCUCUCACAGUGGAUUCUGCAGAAACUGCCUCUCACAGGAAGUCCAGGGAAGGGGAAAUAUCUGUGGGCAACUCAGUUUGGGGGCUAAUACAUGCCUUGACAAGUCCUGCAGUAUAGACACAGGUUACGGUGGGCAAUGCGGCAUCUUGCAAACGUUAGUCUCCACCCACCCUCCCACCCUGCUUUUGUUGUUUUUCCUCAACACUUAUUCCACAUCCUGUGGAAUUCAGGGUUUAGAACAGUGUCAUCCUAUAGCAGUAUGAGGCAAGCCACACGCAUAAUUCUUAAUUUCCUAGUUGACACAUUUUUUUAAAAGUAAAAAGAAAGAGGUGAAAUUCAUUUUUAUACUAUAUUUUACUUGACCUGAUAUAUCUAAAAUAUUAGCAUUUCAACAGGGAGUCAAUAUAAAGGUAUUAAUGAAAUAUUUUUACAUUUCUUUUUCCCUUCAAAAUCUGGCAUGUACUUUUUAACCCUUGAUACUGAGCACAUCUCAGUUCAGACUAACCCCAUCCUAAGUGCUCAGUAGCUACGUGGGGCUAGUGGCUUCUGUAUUGGAUAGAGCAGCUCUAGAGAAGGGCUGCCUUUCACAUAGGAGUUGUUCAGGGUCCCUCCUCCGUGUCCUCCUCUCCCCUCUGCACCCCUACCUUGGGGUGAUCUCAACACCUCACUUGGUUUCCACAACCAUCGCUGGGCUCAGAGCUCUCUGCUACCUCCAGACCCCCAAUCUCCCCACAGGGGUCUCACAGCACCUCUGACUCAGUUCGGCCCACACAGAACUCAGCAUCUGUCUCCCCAACCUCUGCCCUGAACCACCUGCUUCUCCUGAUUUCCCUGCCUCUCUUUGCUCGGGGCACCACCAUCCACCCCAUCCCCCAAGGCAGAUACUGAGGAGACACACUGGCUCCUCCCUUUCUCUCCCCCAUAGGGAGAGAGUUCUGUCAGCCUGACCCCCUGUGGUGCCGCUGAACCUUGUCCCCCCCCCUUCCCCCCCCCGCAUCCCCCGCUGCCCUUCUCAUAGCUCAGAACUCGACAUUUCUCUCCACGUGGGGCCUGUGGGCCCUCCAUUUACCCUGCUGCCAGAGACUUUUUUUUCCCAAAAGCACCUCUGGGUGUCCCCCUUUU